AUGAUCUCAUUCCUGUCGCAGUCUCAAUCCCUCUUCAAUGCUCAGUUCUCCGGCGACCUCCUCGACUCUGUUCUUCUGAAACUCAGGCUCAAUGCCGGCGCUUGCUUGAUCUUCUUCAAAUUGGCCGCGUCGCAACCUAAUUUCGGACCCGGCGUCAAGUCUUAUUGCAAGCUGGUUCACAUUCUGUCGAGACCAGAUGAUGAGGCUGGAGAUUGUGCCGGAUGUCUUCAGUUGCUUGAUCAUAUGGUCAACGCGUAUUGCAAGCAGGGGAGGGUGGAUAGAGCAGUGGAGUUUGUUAAAGAGACGGAGCAUUCAGGUUUUGAGUUGAAUGUAGUGUCGUACAACAGCUUGACUGAUGGGUAUGUUAGUGUGGGGGAUAUGGAAGGAGCCUAUGGGGUAUUGAAGAUCAUGAAAGCAAAUGGUGUUUUGAGAAAUGAGGUAGGUAAAAUGGAUGAAGCUGAGCAGAUCUUUGCCAAAAUGGUGGAAUUCGGUUGUAAGUCUGAUGGCAUAACAUUCAGAACCGUGGGUGAUGGGUACUGCAAAGCUGGAAAUGUUGAAGAAGCACUUGAAGUCAAAGAGAAGAGGGAAAAGGAUGCAAUUUCUCCUUCAGUUGAAAUGUAUAACUCUCUCAUUACAGCACUUUUCAAAUGCGGGAAAGUGACAGGUAAUGUGGAUGAAGCCUUCAGAUUGUGUGAUGAAAUGGUGAACUAUGGUAUAGUAGCAAACAUAACCACGUACAAUGCCUUGAUGAAUGGCCUACGUAAAUCAGGAAACAUGAGUCGAGCACAAAGGCUUUUUGAUAAACUUCAUGCUAAAGAUAGAAGGCUUUCGAAGUACUCCUGUGAACUUAUGCCUGUAAGGGGGCCUGUGGUGACUGGUUCUUCGAUAAGGGGCCAUGUGGUAGUUUUUCCUGUGCUAUUUGCAACCUUGUCAAAGUCGGUCCAUGGAUUCUCAGAGGCACUCCGACUCUUAAGCACUCUCUAUUUCGAAGAUUCGAACAAUACGGUGAAGUCAUUCACUUACGCUACUGGGCGGGAAUAUUUGGACGCUAAGAAGGUGGAUCUCAGUUGGCAUAGCAGCAAGGGUGUCAAAGGCUGGUUGGCCAUGAGAAGCUGCGGUGGCAAGUUGACCAGUCCAUCCCUCCUCAAAUAA